UUUUCCAAUGGAGCGCCAUGGCGACGAGGGCGGGGGCUUGCUGGAUUCCAGUGGCGAUGCCGGCCUCGUCAGGAAGCUCGGCAUGGUCGAUCUCAUACUCCUCGGCAUUGGCGCUUCCAUCGGCGCCGGCAUCUUCGUCAUCACUGGGACGGUUGCUCACGACGCUGGCCCUGGUGUUGCGGUGAGCUUUGCGCUCGCUGGAGCCGCGUGCGUUCUAAACGCGCUGUGCUAUGCGGAGCUCUCCUCUCGAUUCCCGGCGCUUGUCGGUGGAGCCUAUCUCUACUCUCGCGAGACUUUCAACGAGCUCGUGGGGUUUUUGGUGUUCGUCCAUCUCAUGUUCGACUACCACGUCGGUGCUGCCAAUAUCGCCCGGAGUCUCGCCAGCUACCUCGCAUCCUUGCUCCAAAACUUGUUCCCAGCGCUCAGGAAAACCAUGCCGCUGUGGAUCGGACCCGGGGGAUUGGAGCUGCUCAAUGGAUGGCUUUCGAUCAACGCUCUCGCUCCAGCUCUUUUAGCGAUGCUCUCGGCUGUGCUGUGCAUGGGUGUCCGCGAGUCUGCCACUCUCAACACUGUCAUGACGAUCAACAAGGUGUGCAUUGUUUUGCUGGUGGUUGCUGUGGGAAUUUUCCAAAUCGAUGUAUCAAACUGGACACCUUUUGCUCCGACUGGAUUUUCCGGGAUUGUCACCGGAGCAACUGUGGUCUUCUUCGCUUACGUCGGGUUUGAUGCUGUUGCAAACUCUGCCGAGGAGAGCAAGAAUCCCAAGCGUGAUCUGCCUAUCGGUAUUAUUGCAAGCUUGCUGGUUUGUGCGGUGCUAUACAUUGCAGUUUCUUUGGUUGUCACCGGCAUGGUUCCUUAUUAUCUUCUCGACGGGGAAGCUCCUCUUGCCAAUGCAUUCUCCGGCAGAGGAUUGAAAUUCAUCAGCGUGCUGAUUGACAUCGGUGCUGUUUUCGGCCUCACUACUACUUUGCUGGUUGGCCUCUACGUCCAGUCCAGGCUUUACUUGGGACUUGGCCGAGACGGACUACUGCCUUCGAUUUUUGCAAGGAUCCAUCCAACACACCACACUCCCGUCUAUGGCCAGCUCUGGGUGGCCACAGUGGCUGGAGUUUUAGCACUGGUCUUGGACGUCAGUCACCUCUCACACAUACUCUCGGUUGGCUGCUUGGUUGGAUAUGCUACUGUCUGUGCCUGUGUUGUAAUGCUGCGCCUGAGAAACGAGGAACAAAGAAACCAACGUGAUGAGCAACCGCGAUGGCGUGAAGCGGUGUUUUGUUUGCUCGGAGUCGCGGUGCUUGGCUUGAUCGUCGGGAUACUUGUUCGAUUCAAAGUCCACUUCGCAUUUUCAAUCGCAGGCCUCGUUCUAGCUGCGCUGGUCGCAGUUCCUCUCUACACUAGACAGGAGUACAGGAUUCCACAGGGAUUUCCAUGCCCAUGGGUGCCUACAGUGCCUCUAGUGAGCAUUUUCUUCAACAUGGCAUUGUUUUCUCAGCUCCAUUGGGAAGCUUUUGUAAGAUUUGUGAUCUUGAGCGUGGCCGCCGUGGCUUUCUUUUUCUUAUAUGGAAAGAAGCGCCCUCCAUACCAGAAAGCCAGUGUAGAAGAACACUAAGCAAACUAUACAUACAUAAAACUUUAUAUUUUUCUCUCAAA